AUGCCUUACUCUCCGCCUCCACAUCCACGUACUGACCCCAACGCCUCCGCUCACCACCCGGCGCCUGCGCACGAGGCCCCCGGGCCCGCGGACGGCUCGCACGCGGGCCCUCCGGGGGCACCCUGCGACUUCGCACCGCCUUGCAUGAAAGCGAGCGUGGGCGGGGAAAUGGAUUCAGCCCACCUUGGGUCCCUUGCCCCAGCCCUUGGGAAGCCGCGAUUCGACGCCGUUUCCCCCGGAAGAAAGAAGGGAAAAUCAAGUCUUACCAAUGCAGAAUUUGAAGAGAUUGUCCAGAUUGUGCUUCAGAAGUCCCUUCAGGAGUGCUUGGGGAUGGGAUCUGGUCUUAAUUUUGCAGAGACUUCCUGUGUUCAGACCAAUUCCCAGUCAGACAAAGAACCAGGCAUUGCUUCUGCUACUGAUAAUGAUAACGCUGUUGGAGAGAGGAAAAUGAUACCUCAUACUCCAGAGACUUCAGCUUCUGUAGAAGAUGUCCCAGAGAUAAGAACAUCUAAAUCAGCCCAACUGGUUCCUGCACCUUCUGAGAAGAAAUUUAAUAGACUUUCCUUAAGCAAAAGAAAGAGGGAAGCUCAAGAUGAAAAAAUGGAGAAAGUUCAAGGUGGACAUGAGUGCAGAGAGAAAGACCAACCAGAGAAAAUGAUUCAGGGUGAUUCUCAGAUCAGGGGUCAGCAAAAAGGGGAAGAAAGUGGUUUUGGUCAAUGUUUAGUUUGGGUCCAGUGUUCCUCUCCAAACUGUGAGAAAUGGAGGCGGCUGCGUGGGAACAUUGAUCCUUCAAUUCUCCCAGAUAAUUGGUCUUGUGACCAGAAUACAGACUUGGAUUAUAAUCGCUGUGAUAUUCCUGAGGAGAUCUGGACAGGGCGUGAGAGUGAUGUGGCCUAUGCCUCCUAUGUCCCAGGAUCCAUCAUCUGGGCCAAGCAGUAUGGUUACCCCUGGUGGCCAGGCAUGGUCGAAUCUGAUCCUGACCUGGGGGAAUAUUUUCUCUUUGCUUCUCAUCUUGAUUCUCUGCCGUCUAAAUACCACGUGACAUUUUUUGGAGAAACAGUUUCUCGUGCUUGGAUCCCAGUCAACAUGCUGAAGAAUUUCCAGGAGCUGUCCCUGGAGCUAGCAGGAGUGAAAAAGUGCAGGAAUAAGGACUACAGUCAGAAACUGGUGGCAGCCAUCAUGAUGGCUCAGAAGGCAGAACAGAUCAACAUUGGGGAGCGGGUCAACUUAUUUGGUUUCUGGAGUCGUUACAGUGGAUCUGACAGCAAUGGGAAUGGAAAAGACCUAAUACUUUCUGGGGCUAAUAGCCCAGAGUCCUACUUGGAAAAAGAAGAGGAAGAAUCAGAGAUAGAGGAGGAGAAAGAAGAGAAGAGAGAUCCAACUUUGCCUGGACCAAAGCCAACCAAAACACAUUCAAAAAUGCCCAAGGCAAGACGCAUGGCAGAUAGACAAGACAGGACCCUGAAAAAGAAGAUAGUGAAGAGACCUCUGGGCAGUGAAUCCAUACUGCCUCCUGCACCCAUAACGGGAAGGAAAGAAGGACAAAGGAAUUCUGAUCUGGACCAGCCAGGCCUUAAGAAAAAAUUUCAAGUUCCCCAAACCAAGGCCUCAGCAACCAACUUGUCUCAGGAAAAAGAAGUUAGAAUGAUGCCGAAGGGCCUGACCCCACCAGCUCAUCACGUGGCCUGUCCCUUGGAGGGGAAAGAAGGGCCUAGACCCCAGGAACCACCGACUAAGGAGGCUGAAAGUAUCCCCACUGAAGAUGAAGCUUCCAGUGACCUGGACCUGGAGCAACUCAUGGAAGAUAUUGGAGGAGAGUCCAAGGAGCAAGGGGAGCCACAGCAUGGAGAGGAUGCAGAGGGGUUCCCUGCAGCCUUCUUUGAGGAGUAGUCCUCUGCUCUUAUCCUACUAUUCUCUGCAGCAGGGGAAAGAGUCUCUUGGGAGGUCCCUGAACAGUUGAUAAUUUUGGGGUUGUUAAUUGGCUACAAGUUCAAGUCAGUUGUGCAGUUUAUGUGUUAAUAAAGCAGGUUACUGAUGUGAUUUGUUUGGC